AGCAGAUUCAGUGAAUUUUAUUAUUUAUAAUUAAAUGUGGGGUUGUUGGAUAUUGUAAAAUCCACUAGAGUGGGGACCAGUAAUCCCACGUGUCUAUAUUUAAUAACAUUCCUACGCGCUUUACGCGCAGUUGACCUGCUGCUCCUCUCUCACUUUCCUCGUCUCCUUUGCUAAGCGAAGCGGGCCACAACCCGGUCCUGUUUUUAAACGAUUACGCCUGUGGUGACUCAGUCUCCUAGUCACGAGUCACGAGAACUUCAUGUUUCUCCUUUUUUUUUUUUUUUUUUUUUUUUUUUUUCAGUUGACCUCACCGCCGGCUCUUCUUCUUCUUUUUUCCCACAAUUUUGGACUCAUUACUUUUUCUUUAUAUAUACUUAUACUAACCGAUCAAACCAACAUUCUAUUCCUUUCUCUUCAAGUUUUUAAGAUCUUAACACGACGUCGGUUUUAAUGACGAUGGGAGGAGUCGACGAAGGAAGAUUAGCCAGGAAGUUCUGGAAUAAGUUUAAGAAUGAGUUUGUUUUCAUUAUGUACAGUCCUUUCUUUGUUUCUUUAGCCUCUGGAACUUUGAAGUCUGAUACAUUUCUUAAUUGCGUUGCUCAAGAUGUUCAUUUCCUCAAAGCCUUCGCUCACUCUUAUGAAUUGGCAGAAGAAUGUGCGGAUGAUGAAGAAGACAAGUGUGCCAUACGCAAACUCCGGAAACGUGUUAAACAUAAGCUUCUAACACUCGAUUCCCUUGUCCGCGAAUGGGGCUUUGAACUCCCAGAAGAGUGCAUUACUAACAAUGCAACACUCAAAUACACAGACUUUUUGCUAGCAACAGCCUCGGGUAAAGUUGAAGGAGAAAAAGUUCUAGGUAAAAUUGAAACACCUUUUGAGAAGACAAAAGUUGCUGCUUAUACAAUUGGUGCUAUAUCACCUUGCUUGAGGCUCUUUGCAUUUAUAACUAAAGAGAUCCAGCCUCUUCUAGAUCCUAAUGAUAGUAGUCACAUUUAUAAGAAGUGGGUUGAAUAUUAUUGCUCUGAAACUUUUGAGGAAUCAACUGCUCAAACUGAGGAGUUGCUGGAUAAACUAAGUGUUUCUCUGACAGGAGAAGAGCUUGAUAUUAUCGAAAAGCUCUAUCAUCAAGCUGUGAAACUUGACGUAGAUUUUUACUCUGCUCAACCAAUGGUGCAGCCAACAGUAGUUCCUUUGUCUUGGGUGAAGGAUCCUGUGGAAGGCCAACUUACCGUAUUCUGUGACUUUGACUUGACAUGCACUGCUUUUGAUUCCUCUGCAAUUUUAGCAGAAAUUGCAAUUGUAACAUCACAAAAGGCUGAUCCUGAUCAAUCUGAAUCAAAACUCAUUCGAAUGUCAUCUGCUGAUUUGAGGAAUACAUGGGGAGUUCUUUCCACCAAGUAUACUGAAGAGCAUGAACAAUGCAUAGAUAGCAUCAUGCCUUCUGAAGCAGUGGGAAAGUUUGAUUACGAAGGUUUGUGUGAAGCUCUCAAGCAACUUGGAGAGUUCGAGAGAAAGAUAAAUUCAAGGGUAGUAGAGUCAGGAGUACUGAAGGGUUUAAAUCUGGAGGACAUAAAACGAACUGGUCAGCUUCUCAUGCUUCAAGAUGGAUGUAGAGGGUUCUUCCAAAAGAUUGUAAAAUGUGGAAAUUAUAAGACUGAUGUUCAUGUUCUUUCGUAUUGUUGGUCUGGUGAUCUUAUUCGGUCUGCUUUCUCAUCAGGGGAUCCAAAUAUGCUGAAAGUACAUUCAAAUGAAUUAGUAUACGAAGAAUCCAUAUCGACAGGUGAUCUUAUUAAGAAUCUGGAGUCUCCCUUGGAAAAGCGUCAAGUCUUCAAUGACAUUGUAAAGGAUCGCAGAAAUAAUGACCAGAACUUGACAAUUUAUAUUGGAGGUUCUUUAGGUGACUUGCUCUGCCUUCUCGAAGCAGAUAUUGGCAUCGUAAUUGGUUCAAGUUCAAGCCUGAGGAGACUGGGUCAGCAGUUUGGUGUUUCUUUUGUUCCAUUGUUCUCGGGUUUGGUAGAGAAACAGAAGGAACUCACUAAUGGCGGUUCCUUUACAUGGAAUAGAAUGUCUGGCACAUUAUACACAGUUUCUAGUUGGGCUGAAAUACAAGCAUUUGUUCUGGGGUCAUAACUUGCGACCUUUCUAAGUGGUAUCUAGUUACUUUGUCUGAAGAAAGUCGAUCAUCGAUUCAUUUACAACAAUAGGAUAUAGAUAGUGGCUAAUUUUACUGGAGUGCCACCGGUAAGCCCUCAAUUCUUUUUUUCCUUUAGGGUCUGCCAACCAAAAAUAUAGAGAUAUCUGUUACUAGACUCAGAACAACAUUGUUAAGAGUCUUGUUUUACACCUUCCUGUGUUUGCAAGAAGAAGAAGUUUCUCAUAAGCUGGAGAGAGAAAAGUAAUAAUAUUCCAAUGGGUUGUAUAAUUAAUUCAAUGUCUUUUGACUAA